AUGGGUGCUAUCAUGGAAGAUUCAGCUUUAGGUGUGGAAGUUCCUGACAACACAAUUGAAUUCGUUGCUGUUAAGGAAGAGAAAACUGAAGAUAAAAGUGAAGAGAAUGGCUGUAAAAUAAAAAAAGUCAUUGAGGAUAUUGACGAAGUGAAUGCUAUAUACAUCAAGACAGAAUUUGAGGUAAAUACAAGUAAUGAAAGUCCAGUUCAAGAAGAAAUCAACAAUCUGAGGGAAGCAGGUUCAAUUAGCUCAGAUGUUUUGACGUGUGAAGAGGAAGAUCCCUUGCUCUUGCCAGAGCGGUUUGCUUCCGAGGUCUGUGGGGACUUCUGCUCACCAGACCAGAUGUUCCAUAAGAAAGGCAGUGAUGAGGAAACGCACAAAAAGCUGGAUGCAAAAGAGAAACGUUUCAUUUGUGAGAUCUGUGGCAAGAAAUUCACUCGGAGGAGUAAACUUUCAAUUCACAUUAGGGUACAUACAAGAGAAAAGCCCUAUAGUUGUGAUGUUUGUAAUAAAGCCUUCUCUCAAAAACAUCACUUGGUGGAACAUGUGAGAAUCCAUACGAAAGAGAAGCCUUAUACCUGUGAAAUAUGUUCUAAGCCUUUCUGUGGGAGAAGUAAUCUUGUGAAACACAUGAGAGUGCAUACAAAGGAGAAGCCAUUUAGUUGUGAUAUGUGUAAUAGAGCUUUCUCUGAGAAAGCUGCUCUGGGGAGACAUGUGAGAAUACAUACAAAAGAAAAGCCAUUUAAGUGUGUGAGAUGUAGUAAAUCAUUCUCUGAGAAAGGUAACCUCAUGAAGCACAUGCGAGUGCACACACAAGAGCCUGAUAACUAUGGGAAGAUGAGAAAAAGCAUUUUCCCAGAGAGGGACAUUGUUGGUUCACAGGGCUUGAUAUCUCUUCCCUUGCAAGGAGGUGAAGUGGUCUUCAUGCAUACAACCGAACAACCAGGCCCUUGUCUAGGUGACCUGCCAUCCACGGGUCUGCCCUCCUUGGAAGCAGUUCAGCUUAUAGCAUCAUUGAGUGAAGGUGUAUCAGUGUUGGCUCCUGGAACUCAUGAGAAAACUGCGAAGGGAACCACAUCACAUAGAUUACGGCCAAGGAUCUUGGGGAACACGUGGGGAACCGGGGAGUUCUUGAAAGCCCAGUCUGGGAGGAAAGUGACAUUAUUAAAAAGAAAGCACAUUUCCGAGCAAGAAAGGAGUUCCACACAGUUCAUUCAAAACAACCUCAUGAAUGAACGCCAUGUUUACUACAACAGUUUUCCUUCCAAAAGUUACCCAUACACAGCACACGUGGCUGCUAUACGUAAAAGAGCAGAGAAGAUCCCCCGAUAUUGGCUGAGUCGCUCAUCUUGUUUACAUUGCGAGGGAGAUUUGACAGGCCAUGUGAUGCCAUUUGUUGAGAAACCUGAUACCUCCGUUUUGAGUCUCAACUAUGUAGAAUUGAGGUUCUUGGGAUUUCUCAACGACUGUGGUGGGUGUCCAUCUUCCAAUUAUAUGGUCUUGAACUUGAGCAGCUUGAUCUGGCAGAUGAAAGGUGCUUGGAUUGUUGCCGUGCUCGUGACAAGCAUGGGCAUUUUCCUGAUAACUGGGAACUUUGAAACUUACUGUGAAAUAAUCCUCAUUUGGGUCAUCUUGGCAAUCUUUGGCACUUAUGUUUCUGUUAUCCCUUAUGGUUGCUUCAAAAGAUCUGGUAAUGUUAGUGAAAAGAUGAAUAAAAUGCAGAGCUCUACUGAGCUGCACAAAGCGGCUGCAGUCAUGGAUGACUUGAAGUUAGAUAUGGAAGUGCCUGACAAUGCAAUUGAAUUUGUUGCUGUCAAGGAAGAGGUUAUUGAAGAUGCCAAUGAAGUGAACAACCAUAGAAUAAAAGUUCUCAAGGAUAUUGAUGGAGUGAAUGCCGUCUUUAUCAAAACGGAAAAGGAGGUAGAUACAGGUUGUGAAAGUACAGUUAAAAAAGAAAUCAACAAUCUGAAGGAAGAUGUUACAAAUGGCUCGGAUAAUUUGACGUGUGAAGAGGAAGAUCCAUUGUUCUUGCCAGUGCCACUUGCUUUCGAGGUCUGUGAGAACCUCUUCACACCAGACCAGACAUUAUACAAGAAAGAUAGUGAUGAGGAAACGCGCAAAAAGUCCGAAACAAAAGGGAAAUGUUUCUAUUGUGAGGUCUGUGACAAGAAACUCCCUUGCAAGAGUAAGCUUUUAGUUCACAUGAGAGUACAUACAAGAGAAAAGCCCUAUAAUUGUGAAAUUUGUAACCAGGCCUUCUCUCAGAAACAUCACAUGGUGGAACAUAUGAGAAUCCAUACGAAAGAGAAGCCUUAUAUCUGUGACAUUUGUUCUAAGCCAUUCUGUGGGAGGAGCAACCUUGUGAAACACAUGAGAGUGCAUACAAAGGAGAGACCAUAUAGUUGUGAUAUAUGCAGUAAAGCUUUCCCUGAGAAAAUUGCUCUGGAUAGACAUGUGAGAGUACAUACAAGAGAAAAGCCAUUUAAUUGUGAGGUAUGUAGUAAAUCAUUCUCGGAUAAAGGUAACCAAAAGAAACAUAUGCGAGUCCACAAUAAAAAGCCUAAGAAAUAUGGAAAGAAGUGAAAAAACAUUUUCCCAGAGAGGGGCAAAGGUGGUACACAGGGCUUAAUAUCCUCUCCUUUGUAAGACGGUGGAGUGGCAUUGCAUAUUUGUUGAUUUCUGUAUAUGUUUUAGGUAUCUAGGAUGUUAAACUUGUAUUGAGUCAGUAAAUUAGGAUGUUUUGGAAAUGAAUUCCUUUAUAGAGUUUCUUGUUGAAGAAAAGUGUGUAUAUAUAUAUAUAUUAUGUAUGUAUAUAUAAUAUAU